AUGGUUGCUCUCUCUGUAAGUAAAUCCAUUGUGUCAAUAUUCCGGAUAACAGAGGCACUACCUUUAACCAAAACAGGAUCUUCUGAUGUUCGGAUUCUUUCUAACAGCAGUUGUUCUGAUGUGAAUGUGACACCCCUAAGUCAGAGCUGUAACUUUAACACGAACUACUGUACCUACAGUCAUCCUACAAGUUACCAUUAUAUACAGUGGAAGAGAACUAAUAUGAAACAACAAGUGGGCGUGGAUUCUCUUCACGACGGUGGAUUGUUUCUAUAUCCAUCUAUGCUUGGUAAACUUAACGGUGCUAGUUCCUCCGUCAACACGACUACAAUCAGUGGAGGGACUGUUUGUAUCCAGUUCUGGUACGUAAUGGCGUAUUCAGACUCUAAUCUAGAAGUCCUGGUGGAUACCCAUGGGGAUGAAACAUCGGUAAUGGCACUGACUGGUGGACAUGGACAUCAGUGGAGGAAGGCAACAAUAGCAGUUUCAAGUCAGGCUCCAUUUAAGGUCCUGUUUAAAACUGUAAAGUUCAGCUUCAAUUCAAAACUGGGUUUGGACGACAUCAAAAUAUGGAAAUAUCCAUCGACGCAAACCGCAACACCAACCACAACACCAACUACAACACCUACAACAACACCAACCACAGCACCUACAACAACACAAACAACAACACCAACAACAACCAUGACCACAACACCUACAACAACACCAACAACAACCCCAACCACCACACCAACCACAACACCUACAACAACACCAACAACAACCCCAACCACAACGCCAACCACAACACCUACAACAACACCAACUACAACACCUACGACAACACCCACCACAACACCCACCAAAACAAAACCCAGUACACCUACCACAACACCAAAUACAACACCAACUACAACACCAACUACAUCACCCACCACGACACCAACUACAACACCAACCACUACACCUACCACCACACCAACCACAACACCAACCACCACAACAACCAUGACCACAACACCUACAACAACACCAACAACAACCCCAACCACAACGCCAACCACAACACCUACAACAACACCAACUACAACACCUACGACAACACCCACCACAACACCUACCACGACACCCACCACAACACUCACCACAACACCACCAACCACAACACCUACAACAACACCAACAACAACCCCAACCACAACCCUGACCACAACACCUACAACAACACCAACAACAACCCCAACCACAACCCUGACCACAACACCUACAACAACACCCACAACAACACCCACCACUACACCCACCACAACACCCACCACAACACCCACCACUACACCUACCACCACACCAACCACAACACUUACAACAACACCAACAACAACCCCAACUACAACCCUAACCACAACACCUACAACAACACCUUCAACAACACCCACCACUACACCUACCACCACGCCAACCACAACACCUACAACAACACCAACUACAAUACCUACAACAACACCCACCACAACACCCACCACAACACCUACAACAACACCAACUACGACACCUACCACAACCCCGACCACGACACCCACCACUCCACCCACCACAACACCAACCACGACACCAACUACAACACCAACCACAACACCAACUACUUCACCUACCACGACGCCUGCAACAACAUUAACUACAACACCCACCACAACACCCACCACAACACCAACCACGACACCCACCACAACACCAACCACGACACCCACCACAACACCAACCACGACACCCACCACUCCACCCACCACAACACCCACCACAACACCAACCACGACACCCACCACUCCACCCACCACAACACCACCAACCACAACACCUACAACACCAACACAUACAACAACACCAACAACAACACCCACCACAACAUCUACUACGACACCAACUACAACACCAACCACGACACCAACUACAGCACCCACCACAACACCCACCACAACACCCACCACGACACCAACAUCAACAGCAUCAAAGUCAACUUCAGCGAUAGCGCCGAAUAUCAUUGCUUCACUAUUUGGCCUAACACAACAACUUUCAAACCCCGUACCUAUGUCUUCAAGCCAGCAAAAUGGAAUGUCCUCCCCGAGAAGCCGUAUAACUGAUCUCUUUCUUUUUUAUUUGCGCUCCUCAUCUUAA